UUCCCUGAUUUUCAAUGUGGACUGACACUUAUGGACCCCCCACCCCAUAUGUGUGAAAGAGAGGGGUCUUGCAGAAAGCCAGCUCAUUACAUGUUUAUCAGUCAGUGAGAGAGUGAACAGAGAGCGUGAUGAGGGAAGAUAGUAGUUGGAUGACUUGUGGUUGACGGAGGGAGAGAUAGAAAGAGGGACUAUAUGACGAAAGACAGAAGUGUCACUGGAAUCCUGACAAAAACAGUGACAAAAGAGAAGAAAAAGAAGAUGGAUGAGAACCCAACUGUUUUUCAGGAAAUGGUCACGAUGCCAGAAGAACAGCCUCAGUUUGAUGAGCUAAAUCCAGUGGCCUGCAACAAGUGCCGCAAGCUCUUAUUGGUUGUCUUUGCCUUCUCUCUCUUCGCAACUGCGCUUGGUCUGGGGAUCUAUUCCCACCAUCAAAAGACUAAAGACCCCUGGACGUCACAAUGGAAAUCAGCUCCUCCUUGCCUUUCUCCUGCCUGUCUAAGAGCAUCAGAGAGUUUUUCAGUUGCAUUGGAUCCCUUUUCUCACCCCUGUGAUUACUACCUGUUGGCCUGUGGGGCUGGUGGAUCUUCCCCCAACAGGGGGAGAAAAAGAGAAAAGGGGGUCUCCAGUGAAGACAGUGGAGGACAGGACAAGAAAAGGGCAGUGAGGAGGGAAAGAUUGGUGGAGAUUAGAAGAGAGACGGAUGUUCAAGGAAAAAAUUAUGGACAGCAAGACAAGUUUCCAGACAGACAGACUGCUUUGCUGAAAGCCAUUAAAGAAGUACUAGAGGCUCCUGAUGAGGGUGUUUCUAUGAAUACAGCAGAGCAGAAGGCAAAGAAAUUCUUCAAAAGCUGCAUGGACUCAGAAUCCCCAGAGAAAGUGGGCUCAGAACCGUUCUUCACAUUACUCCAUCAGUUAGGUGGCUGGCCAGUAUCAGGUGGAUGGAAUCUGACAGAUUUUAACACCACACUGGCCCUGCUGAUGGGGCAAUACUCUACAUUUCCUUUUUUUAAUGUGUAUGUGGGGCCAGACUCCAGUGAUUCCAAUCAAUACUACAUACAGAUUGAUGAGCCACACUUUCAACUCCCCAUUGACUGGAAUAGCACGACACAUAAAUCCAAAGCUAGUUCACAGUAUUUGCGUCCAUUCUUGUCUUCCUGUGGUCAGUAUUUGACUCUCCUGGGCGUUCCCUCCAGUAGCUUCGGGACACACUGUGGUCUUUACAUCUCUCUGUUUACAAAUCUGGCUUUGGCCACAUCCCCUCGUUCCUACCGCCUCAGUCAGCAGUUACUCUACAACAGAAUUACCAUUCAAGAGCUACAGACUCUUGCACCAGCCAUUGAUUGGAUUGCUUGCCUGCAAGCCACAUUUCAGCCUCUUCCUAUCAACCAAUCAGAUCUUGUUUUAGUGCACAAUCUUCCGUACAUCAUCCACAUGUCCAAGACUAUCAGCCAAUGGCAAGUCCAGCAUGAGAUUAUGGGCACUCCUCUUCAUACAUACAUGAUCUUUAAUCUUCUGCAAACACUAAUACCUGCACUGGACUCAAGGUUCAAUCAAAUAAGGAGAAACUUUUCCAUUACAACUGGAGACACACAGGAGGACAUACCACGCUGGUUGAAAUGUGUCCAGCAGACAAAGCGAGGGUUUGACACCUUACUCGGUCAUGUGAUCAAAGAAAGACAUACACAGAAAGAGAUAUCUUCCUCUCCCUACCAGGCUGAAGAAUUGAUUCAUGAUAUUUACUCGUCCCUCAAGAUAAAACUGGCAGAUAUGAGUUGGAGGGACAUGAAUUCAUCAGGUGUUAUAUUGAAUAAGAUAACAUCUGUCACUCCAAGUCUCUCCACUAAAACAGAUGCCCUGAGUCAUACAGAACUCAACCAGAUCUAUGCAGAGGUGUUUAUGCGUGAGGAGGAUUACUUCUCCAACUACCUGGAGGUGCUGGGACUGGAACAGAAGAGCAGGAGCAGAUUGCUCUCACACGGCAGACAAACUGAAGGUUUAUCUAUCACUCCAUUUCUCUCUGGUAAUGACAUCAUCAUCCCUGCUGGAAUGUUUGUGUCACCUUUCUUCCAUCCCUCGUAUCCCAGGGCAGUGAAUUAUGGGACACUGGGAUCUUUGAUGGCUAAAGAUCUUCUCCACCUUCUGCUGCCUGAUAUCCACACACAAGCCAAGAAUCCAGAGUUGGAGAGUGAAUGUGUGUGGUUUCAUUAUCUGAGUGUGACCGAGGGUCCGGGACGGGUUGGUGCUUUCUCUCUUUCCCCCUCUAAACAACAGGAGGUUUGGGUGCAGUAUACCGCUCUACAAGUAGCACUGCAUGCUUAUAAGACAAGUUUCACUAGGCAUCCUGCAGACUCAUCUUUAUCAGGGCUCUCUUACGCUCACCUCUUCCUCUCAUCCUUUAUUAAGGUAAGCUGUGAUGCUGACUCCUACCGUGAGUUCAUGCCCUUUGAACCAUCCUUCCUGGUGACAGUUCUGUGUUCGAAUACAAGCAUCUGCCCAAAACCACUGACCUGCCUGAAUAAAUACCAGAAUUCUCCUCCUGAGAUGUGUCAGAGUCGAACACUGCCCUGAAUCUGGGAGUAGCACAUGCCUCCUGAGACCUGUAGGAGCUUGUGUGGGACUGUUGAACCAUUGGAGCUGCUCAUUGUUUAAUGAAUGGAGUUGGAGAGUCUGAAUGAAAUGGAGAGUCAUCCUUGCUGAAAAGACCAGCUUAAGGCCUGUUCACAUUAAUUUACAUGCUGGUCUAGGAUGCUGGUUUGUGCUGGUUUAUUGCUGGUCUGGCUGGUGGAACAGCAUAGCCUGUUGCUCUCCAGCAAAACUGAUGAAGCUGGUCGACCAACAUGGUCUUUCUGGAGAAGCUGUUUGACCAAGGAAGUUUUGCUGGUUAUGAUAGCUAAUGGGGUUAUGAUAGCUAACGACUAAUGGGAAGAUAAAUAUUUAAUCGCACUAUGAUUUAGAAAUAUCAUAAUGGCAAAUUGAAGUAAAAUAUUAUCACUUGUGAUAAGUUAUGUAAGACAAGUUAAAAGCUGCUUUGUGGAUAUUGUCUCUCACACCCCUUACAAGAAUUUACCAUACUUUUACAAUAGUAACACUAGCUCUAGUAACUAUGGUGUUUUGGGGAAAAUAUGUAGUAGAUUCAUGCAGAAUAAUCCUAUUAGGGGAGUUAGGAAAAAU